UUUUCGAAAAUUAUUUAGCAAGGCCGACAUUGAAUUGCCGACAAUCGAGACGGACCUAUUUCUGCAAUUUCUGGCUGACCAUUCAGUCCGAGAGUGUGUUUGUGAUAUCUUCUUUAUGAUAUAUACAUUGUAACAGAGUACCAAAAUAAUACCUUCAUCCACAUCACAAUCCGUGAAGUAUCGCAUUUCAGCUCAGUUGCGUCGUGGAAAGUGCAUCGUAACAAAUGUGAAACCUUUUAGCCUGUGCGUACCCAACGAUGGAUAAAUUCAACGAAUACUGGGAGCUUCUUUCCGACAAGAGCGUUCACAUUGGCAAGGAACUUAUUGCGUACUACAAAACGCUGCACGAAAACGAAGAUGGAUCGCCUCUGUCGGAGCAGGGUUGCCACUUUCUGCUGCAGAACCUGCUGGUCAACCCGUAUCCAACCUGUCAACUGCUUCGGCUAUUGGCUACCAGCAAAAUUCCCUUGAAAAACAACACCAUCCGGGAGAUAUGCGACGAAGGAAUGUUGGAUUUCUUGGAGAGUUUCGAGCGGUGUGACGUAGAUAAGUUCUACAAUCUGAUUGCGAAUAAUCUGCUGUCGAGCGGUGCAAUCAAUCAAGCGGUUCCGAUCGUGCUGCGAAUGUUGGAUGAGCAGCUGAUUGAUAAAGAGCUGUUGCUGCUGGCGUUGGUCUCGAGGAAAUCCCAGAAGCUUCUGAAGUAUUUUCUCAAAAAGAUUGAAACCACUCGGGAGCAGGGGUUUUUGCAAGCAGCCGUCGAAGAUAAGCGACACUUCAUGGAGGAUGUGCUGAAUGGCUGUGAUAUGGUGUUCAACGAUGCGGCUGUCAGUGAUUACGUUUGUUUGUUUCGGCUGAUAGUUGGGAUCAAUGGGGAAGAGCCUCGAGCACUCGAUAUUCCACAGGAACUUCAAUUCCCGGCAGGAAGUUUCCUGGGAAUGUAUCUGAAGGAGAUUAGACGGACCGAGCUUCUUCGGAGUUUGUUCGAUGGGCAAGAGGCUGAGUGGCAGGUAGCCGAUUACGCCAAAGAAUCAUCCAUAAUUGCAAUGCACAUGAAGAAGGGUUUGAAAAUUUUACCCUCUCAGUACGAUCAGCUAUUGGAAGCUAUUUCCGAGAAUGAUAAAUUGAAUGAAGCUAUUUUGAAAGAUUUCCUACCAGCGAACAGCAGUGAUAUGUAUUUUGCUGAAGAUGCGCGUUCGCUACAGAUAUUGAUGCUUUGGUAUUACAUGAUGGAUGUCCUUAAACUGUCGCCACAGCAGAAAACAUUCAGCGAAGUUCUCGAGAGUAGAGCGAGCAGCAUCAAAGCCGUGCUGAAAUCUGUCGAAAAUACUGAAACGUUCGUAAGUCUUCUGGAGAGCAUGUUAACUCUGUUGUUCGUUCGAUAUGAGCAUCUACCCAAGAGAUCCCACGGUCAGGUGGGUUUCAUGUGCUCAAACGUGAUCUUGGAAGUGAUUCUGAGCAACCUCAAAUUCGUUGCCGCUCCCAAGAAACACGCCGCAAACUAUGACAAUGUCGACGAUCAAUUGAAAGUCCGUCUAACCAAAUGCAUCGACAUCAUCAACGACGCUCUCUGGAGGAUUUCUCUGUUCGCGAGCCUUCAAAGCAGCGACAAUUCUUCACUUCAACUGACAGACAUCGAUUCGAGUAGCGUAAUAACAAAGUUGCCGGAUUUGGUGCAGGAUGAUGAGGACAGCAUGUUUCACAGUGCCGAGGCCCUCCAGGAUCGAAACAAAAAGUAUUCCACCUUUCCCAAGCGCAAACAUUCCAAGCACGCCCCGAAACCGCCUCAAAUAUCAUCGAGCGGAUCAACCGGAACAAAAAUCAUGCGCCACUCGCUUCCACCGACGAACAAAAUCAGUUCAUCCUUGGAUUCGGUCAUCACCGAAAUUGUGCCACGACCCCGAAGCCUUAUCCCGAAGAUGCUCGGUUCGCCGGAAAAGUUGGCCACAUUCUGUCUCGUCCAGAAGAAGUUCGAUGAAGCCAAAGCCAUCAUCAGAGGCAACAACCUUGCGGCAACGGCCGUUGGUCGCGAUCUGCACUUCAUGGAGAGCUUCACGAAUAUUCAGGAGAAACUUGUCAGCUUGAUCGCUCGGUACGAUGCUAUGCGGUCUCGCCGGAACAGCGGCACCAUGCUGGAAGACAUUCGGUCCAGAACGGCGAUCGGUUUCGAAGCGGCCAAGAUCAUCAGCACGGUGGAAACCUUUUCCAGUGAGCAGAAAAUCCAGCAAAACGAUCAAGAUCUACAGCUGCUGGAUAAGCAUAGUUCGCAGUAUCCGUUCCUACGGUUGUUCCGCGGAGAUAAACUACGAAACGUUCACGCAAUGGAUCUUAUGCUUGGCUUACCGAUGAACUACGAUCUCAGCCUCAAUCUGUACAAUCUUGUUUCGAAGUGUUUGGACAAACCGGUGGAGGAGCUGGAGGGCAAACGGUUCGCGUACGUAGGCUUUCUGAAGCGACUGAUCGACGACAUGCAGCUGUUUCGGGCCGAUGAAGUCGCUGGAAAAGAGACAGUAACGUUUCACCGAUUGUUGAGUCAGGAAGUUUGUCCGCUAGAUGCUGCUCAAUUGGGCCCGAUUUUAGACAGUCGCCGUAGUCUGAUCUCGUCGGGGUCGCUGGAGAACUUCAAGGAGAACGGUAGGUGUGAUCGAUGGCUUAUGUGUAAGAAGAUCAGGAAAUUCGUAGAUGGCGCCGAGCGGUUGAUUAAACUGUACGAUGGCGAUAGAAAGUUGCUCUCAUCGGAUGAUAUUAUGAAGACAGACCUGCAGGAAAUAGUUGGAAAGCUGGUGUUUGAGAAGAAUGUUUCGCUGAACGUGCUGGAACCUUUGGUGGCUGGUACCAAUUCGAAUAUGGUGCACAUGAUCGUUCACUAUUUUUCGAAGGAGGUGGGUCGAGGUCUAGAAGAAAGCCCGGAGGCGUUGUCGGAUGUAGUCGAAUUCGUAUCCGAGAAGAACGAUCUGCUGGGAAUUCUUCUGAAAGAAAUUUCUGGUUUUGGCGCGGGGAUCACUCUGCUGACAAACCUGAAAAACCUUUCCUGUGUGGAGCUCUUCGCGCCAUUCUACAAUUGCAGAAUGUCGGCUGCGCUGGAUUUUGAUCGCUUCCAGGCGAAGCAACUUCUAAAUAAUGAAAACUGCGGGGAAAUUCAACUCCUCCGACUACUGGAUUACGUUCUACAGCGAGGCACCCAGCAGGAUUUAGAGAAACUUCAAACAUUGAGGCAUGAGAUCGUAUCUAAAUUUCUCAAUUCAGGAGAUUACGAUCAUCUCAUUCCCGUUGAAACGAUCAUUAAAACCACCAAAGACAUUAAUCAGAAGGCUGAAUAUCUCAUACAGAACAUUGAUCGAAUUCCUAAGGGUCAAACAGUUCUGGAACUGAUCAACAGCAUUCUUCUAGCUCGAAAUGUUUCCAUGUUAAACGUGGACUAUGGGCAGUCGCUAAAGUCGUGGAAUUUUAAGCAGCGAGUUUAUACUGAACUUGGAGUAGUGAUGGAAAACGAAGAUUGGCGAUCUGUUCGGGACCUCUCCGAGAACUCCAAGGUGAUCAUCAUGCAACGUCUUAUACAGCAAAAUAUGUACGAGUUGUGUUCCCGUUGGAUCAAAAUACACCCUUUAAAACCUGCAGAGGAUUCUGGAUUGUUCGACACUUUUACAAUCGGCGUGAUGGACGCAUCGCAAGACAACAAAGACUGCUCGGCGCUUCUGGCCAUCAUCGAAGGUAUGUCCAAGGAACACGUUGUAAAUUUCUACGAAACUACCCUGCUACGCGUCAAAAAUCAGUCUAUCAUCAAGCACGCCAUCGAAUACCUGGAUUCCAACGGAGAAAAUACUAAAAAUUACCAAAAGUAUCGAAUCUCGUUGGCGAUUUUCGGUCAUCUUCCGGGGGCUGACUCAAAAUAUCUGUGGAAUCUCAUAAGCAGGCCACUGUUGAUCAUUGAGCAGUAUCUGAUGAACUCGAAGCUGGAGCUACUUUCAACUGUAAUGGACUCCGUUCGACCGCUACUGAAGGAUGACGUUUGCGUUACCUGCUACGAACAACGAGAGUGCAUUCGUGAUCUUCGAGGUCGCCCCAGUGGAUCAAUCGAUCUGGAUUCCAGCCAUGAUAAUCAGUUCAUUACUAACGAGUGCAUCGAUUGUCUGCUCAGAAUCUACGCAAGCAAGGCUUUGGACUACAGUGUAUCAAAUGAAUCUGGUACAUCCGAAGCUUCUAUGCUGUAUACUAGCAUGGAUCUAUCUAGUUUGGAUUCGCUGUGCGGAGCGUUCACCAUGCCAAAGACGGUUCCCACUAAAGACGCCUGGAUUCGAGACGAGGAUGCCUCUCAGUGUAUGUGCUGUAGAAGAAGUGUCUUUUCAAUGCUGAAUCGUCGUCAUCAUUGUCGGCGCUGUGGAAGAGUGGUUUGCCACUCGUGUUCCAAGAAGAAAUUGGAGAUUCCGGAACUGUAUGAAGAAGUACCAGUGCGAGCUUGUGAUGACUGUGUCAAGCAGUCCCAAACCAAACCGAAUGCCCCGACGAAAACUACCAACGCGUUUGUCAAUCUCCAAAAUAUCGACGAGUGGCAACUGACGGGCAAUGUGCGCAACGAUAACAUUAUUCGAGAAGAAUACAGCUAUGAAUAUGCCCCGUCUACCAGUCAAUGUCUAGCCAUUUGCAAUCUCCACAGCCAGAAUGAGGAGUUGUCCAAUUUCCUGUUAUACCAUUGCGUCAAACUGGAAGCAUUGCUGCGGCCUAUACGUACGGGAUAUCCAAACCCCGAGUUGGAUUACGCUUUGGUAACGAGAAUGCUGUUGAACCUGACACUGGCGGCCAAGGUUCGUGGUCUCGAGUUCGCCGAAGCGGAUAAAAUGAAGGAACAUGCCGAGAUCAUCCUCUCGAUUGUUAAAAACGAUUGCGAGUCGCUUCUGCUACAGGAGCCGAUGAGCAGUGCGAAUCUACGGAAGCUUAGAGAUGCUCUCGUGCUGGCGGAAAAAUGGAGUCUCGCUCUGGAGCUGUCCCUGAAGUGUGGAUUCUCAACUAGUGGCGUAAUGGCCGCUUGGGGCACAACUUGUUUGCGUGCUGGCUGCUACGAAACGGCUCGUGACAAAUUCUCUUACUGCUUGCAGAAGCUUUCUACCGACGCCGAUAAUAGCACGAUCCUGAACUGCAUAGAAUCUCCGGAAACGAAACUUGCGAACUACAAAACAGCUAUCCCCAUCAAGCGUCCAGCUAAAAGUCCGCCGCUCCUUUUGGAAAUUAUCAGCAUUCUGGAAUCAUCUGCGCAAGCACAACCUCCGGAAGUGGUCGCUAGAGCUAGCAUGAUCAAAAGUUCCAACACCUCACUGUCCUCCAACAUCCGGAAGAAAACCAAAGACAACAUUCCACUCCACGAACCUGCACUGAACGUUCUCAACACUCUAGCCAACCUAAAGCAUAUCACCAAAGGCAACUUCACCGACUAUUUGCCCGAAAGGCGAGCCUUGCGCAAUAAAGAUAUUUCUCUGUCCAGCAGCGGAAACUCCAACGAUUAUCUGCAAACACUAGAUUGCAUCAUGAGUACUAGAUUUUUCGAAGAAUCCAUGUACUAUCUGUUGACAUACGGAGCACACCAAGACGUGACCAACUUCCUGAUCAAGCAUCGCCAAAUCCUCCCUGCAAUGAAGUACGUCCUGAUGCAACAGGUCUCUCCGGAAGUUCUGCUGCAAACGAUCAUACUACCCUAUUUGAAAACCGGUCGCCUAGAGACCGUCAUCCAGGUGAUGAGCAGCAUGGACGAAACGUUGCUCACCUGGAAAGCCUACAUCAUCUACAGCUGUCGCUAUCUGGAAACGAACCGGAUGCUCAAUUGUCUGUACAAUAUGCAGCUCCUGCUCGGCGAUCCAAUACGGGCCAGUAUGACCUGCGUGCGGUUCUACUCGAUGGACGCCAAGAGCUUCACGGAUCUGGAGGCGAACACGUUUCACCUGAAGAACAGCGCGGCCCAUCUGCAAACGGAGCUGGAGUCGUGCAACUGGGAGGAGAUCAGCGUGGAGAGCGUUGGCGACCGGAGCGAGACGCACAAGAGCCUGCUGAUGAAGAUGGAACCGAAGGAGCUGAACAACCACAUCAACACGAUACUGCGGCAGCUGGAGGUGACGAAGUUCCUGGCGAACUGCGAGGCAAACGGGAAGGAUGCGGUGGGGCUGCUGCCGAAGCUGUUUAUCGAAUACCACAAAAUACCGACCUUAUUCGGAACGGUCCACGAAAAGCUUCAGUUGGCGGUUCUGAUACUGAUUUGUGGGAAGAACGUUGAAGAAGGAUUUGGACUCUCCUACAGGGUAAUUCAAGAUUUCAACUUGAACAGCCUUCGGGUGUACAGCCUAACGGCGAAGCACUUCAUCGGAGAGUCCCAGGUGGAAGAGGUGGACAAGUUGCUGCAGGCAAUCGUCAGCAAUAGUGCCACCACGGUCGACACGAACAGUUUCUGCGACGAACUGAUCAAAAACGCGGUCGAGACCGCAAUCUCGAUCCAUGGGAGUAGCUCGCACGUUAAAACUUCGCUAGAAGGAUUGAUCAAACGGAUCAGCGAUGUCGGAUUGAAGAUCCAUUGCUACAUAAUUACUGGGCAGCUGAAGACGGCAUAUCUGUACGCCAACAAGCACGGCAGACUGGGUGAUAUUAGGAAAAUUUUGCGCCAAUCGGAGGUGUUGAACCAAGUGCACGUGAAGAGGCUGUGUGAAUCGAAGCUAGCCGCCGAGGGCAGUCUGCGGAAAUAGGCUAUUUUUUUAUGUUUAUGUGUUGUAGAAGCAAUAUUUUAUACACGUUGAUAUUAUUUUAUUACAGUUGAGUAUAUUAUAUAGGAAACAAUAAAUCAAAACCAUU